AUGCGUAUAAACAAUGCCCAAAAUCAUAUAGAAAAUAAAAAUAUUAGCACAGAAGAAACAAUCAAUGGCAAUGAUAUGGAAGAAAUUCAACCAAAUGAAGAGAAUACACUAACCAACAAUAACCAAAUAACAACUGAAUCAAAACUUCUUGAGAAUGAGGAAAUGUAUGAAGAACCAAACGAUUUAGAAAAUGAAUUAGAAAGUGAAGAAAAUGCAGUCCAAUCACUCAUCAUUCAAAUGAAUGUUGAUGAUAUCAUGGCAAGUAAUUAUAUUAAGAUUGACGCCAGAAUAGAAAUUGCUGAAAUGGUUGAUGAGGAGAAAAUAAUUGCUGCAGUGCCAGAAGAAGAAAAAGAAGCUCCAAACAAUCCAAUAUCAAAUAUAGUCACUUUGGAUAGUAUUAACAAAAUUCUAAUAUUAAGUAAAUGGCUCGGUAAUCUCAGGAUUGAAAGACCUGCAACAUCAAUUAGAAGAAAACAAAAUACUUUUAUAAAGCAACUUACCUUGGAAAGUUUUUGUGACAAAUAA